GUGAGUUUCGUCCUCUCUCUAUAUAUAUCUCCCGCGUUUUUUGCACAGUUAAUUUAAUUGGACGAAACCCUCCCUCCAACUGUUGUUGAAGACGAUGGAAGACGAAUCGGCGAUGCAGACGGCCGUUUCAACAAAUAUGGCGAUAGAAGAGAGGCCUUCUAAAAAACCUAAACUUGAAUAUGCAUUGCCAGAAGGAUUUCUUGAUCCUAUUAUUCGACCUUCAACCCUAGUAUUGGACAAUACUUCUUCUUCUUCUCCUUCUAUGUCCAAACAAUUUUGGAAGGCUGGGGAUUAUGAGCCUCCUCUUAACAACAAUCAAUCCAUAUCACACCUUGCAGCCGGCAUGGAUCACCUUAGGGUUCAUCCCAGGUUCUUGCAUUCUAAUGCUACCAGCCACAAGUGGGCACUCGGAGCUUUUGCUGAGCUUCUUGACAAUUCUUUCGAUGAGGUGCGCACUGGAGCUACUUAUGUUAAUGUAGACGUGCUGGAUAAUGAAAUAGAUCCCCGCAAUAAGAUGUUGCUGGUUGAAGAUAAUGGUGGUGGAAUGACUCCUGAUAAAAUGCGGAGGUGCAUGUCCCUUGGCUAUUCUGUAAAAAGCAAAGUGGCCAACACUAUAGGUCAAUAUGGGAAUGGCUUCAAGACGAGUACAAUGAGGCUUGGAGCUGAUGUUUUGGUAUUUACACGUUGCCCAGGAGAAGAAGACGGUAGCAGACCUACUCAAAGUAUAGGGAUGCUCUCAUACACAUUCUUGAUGGAAACUGGGAAGGAAGAUAUUGUUGUUCCAAUGAUUGAUUUUGAGAAAAGAGGAGAAGAAUGGGAAAUGAUUACGAAAUCUUCACAUGCUGACUGGGAAAGAAACAAGGAGACAAUUGUCCAUUGGUCUCCAUACUCAACUGAAGAACGCCUUCUACAACAGUUUGAUUUUCUUAAGGAUCAAGGCACACGCAUUAUCAUAUACAACCUUUGGGAGGAUGAAGAAGGACAAUUAGAGCUCGAUUUUGAUACUAACAAGGAUGACAUCCAAAUUAGGGGGGUCAAUAGGGAUCCAAAGAAGAUAGAGAUGGCAAAAGAUUACCCAAAUUCUAGAUUUUUUUUAACCUACCGCCAUUCCUUAAGAAGCUAUGCAGCAAUUUUAUACUUGAGUCUUCCAAAUGGAUUUAGAAUUAUCCUCCGUGGAAAAGAUGUCAACCAUCAUAAAAUAACUGAUGACAUGAUGCUGGCUCAGAAGGUUAUAUAUAAGCCAACUGCUGAUGGGACGACAAGGAAUGAUCAAAACCAGAUGAGUACUGAAGUGACUCUUGGCUUUGUGAAAGAUGCAAAAGAUCAUAUUGAUGUCCAAGGAUUUAACGUUUAUCAUAAGAAUCGACUCAUUAAGCCUUUCUGGAGGGUUUGGAAUGCUGCUGGAAGUGAUGGUCGUGGAGUUAUCGGUGUAUUAGAAGCUGAUUUUGUUGAACCAGCACAUGAUAAGCAGGAGUUUGAACGCACACCUGUACUCUCAAGGCUUGAGAACCGAUUAAUUGCUAUACAGAAGAAAUACUGGUCUACAAAUUGCCAAGAAAUCGGGUAUGCAAAACGUUGCAAGGGCGCUUCAGUUACAAAAUGUAAACCUUCAAUAAUAGAUAAAUUUGAAGAAGGUAGAGUCUCAACUGGAACAGACUCCAAUGAUGCUAGUAAAGUGAAGCUGAGACCUCCUGUGGAAUCUGCACAGAAUGAUGAAGAAGCCUAUACAUGUACAGUAAGAAAGAGUCAGUGUAAAUCGUCAACAUCAUUGAAAGAAUCAAGAGCAAGCAUCAGUAUCUUACCCUCAAAGCUUUACCAGGCAACAAAUGGAGCUGAACUGAGGGAAGCGAAUCUUGAACUUAGGCGGAGAUUAGGGAGUAGCGAAAGUGUGAUGAUUAAUAACUUGUUACUUGAUCUGCGGUCUGAGAGAGACAAGAAUGUGCUGCUUGAAAAUCAACUACUAAAGGCACAAGAAACAAUAGAAAAGUUGGACCAAGACCAAGUAAAGCUUAUUGACAUAUUUUCUGAAGAAAGACAACGACGAGAAGAAAUGGAAGAGACAUUGAGAAACAAGUUGAAGGAGGCUAAGAAUACCGUUGAAGAGUUACGCAAGCAAAUAGAAGCUGCAAAGAAGCAGAGUGAUUAGUUUUUUUUUUUUUUUUUCGGAAAGGCAGCAGAGUGAUUAGUUAAAGUGGCAACUGUAAUACAUGAUGCAUGCAUGCUCUAGUUUCAACUUUUUUAACGCAUUUCCCUUGCUUUAAAACAUUUUAUUUGACUAUAUAGAGAUAUAUUUUGAUAUA